AUGUCAAAAGGACCUCAAGAUGAUGACUUUAUGGAAAACAUAAAGUAUGCCAAUAACAGCAAAGAUUCCAAACUAUCCGAUUCAGAAAAGGAAUUAAUCAAAUUACAACAAGAAAAGGAACAAUUCUUACAACAACAAAACCAUCAAUUUCUUGAACAAUUAUUCAAAGAAAACAGUACGACUCCAAUCAAGAUCCAAAAUGUCCAGACUACAAAUUCUCAAUCAUUUCGUGAUUCCUUCUUAGCAAAACAACUUCAGCCAUUAUUGCAAAGUGAUAAUACUGUGGUUAGUCUUGAGAAAUUCUUGGGAGAUAUUGAUGGUGUGCUGAAAAAUUUCGCUAAAUCAGGUACGAUUGAGAACUUAUUAGUUUCUGUCCAUGCCAUAAAUCCACAAACUUCGAUAUUCAGAAGAAGAAAUACCAAACCUGAUACUAUUAAUAUUGUUCCUGUUUUCAAUUUAGUCCCCAUUAAACGAUUCUUUGCCAAAACCGGUACGAAUAUUGGAAAUGGUGAAGGAGAUGGAUAUAUUCAAUUUCAAUUACGGAAUUUAUUUGGAGGUGGAGAGAAUUUAGAAUUUGAUGCUACAAGUGGUACGAAAACCCAGUCCUCAUAUUUGAUCAAUUAUAAUCAACCAUUGUUUAAUAAUGUGAAUUAUAUGAGUGAGAAUUUAUUUUACGUAAAUGAACGGAAAUCGGAUUGGAUUCAAUCGAGAGUAAAAGGGAGAGGGAUGACAAAUAAGAUAUAUACGAGAUUUGAGAAAUUGAAUCAUGAGGUGAUAUUGGAAAAUUAUUGGAAAUUGUUGGAUAAUUAUGGAAGCAAGAGUUUGGAAGUAUUAAGUCAAUCAGGAAGUUCAUAUAAAUCAUCAAUUGCAUAUAAUUUAAUCUAUGAUUCCAGGAAUAAUAAAACCUUACCUACUUGUGGGAAAUUUUUCCAAAUUGGUUUAGAAUAUAAUGGAUUAUUCAAAUUUAAUAAAUAUCCAUAUUUCAAAACUGCUGGUCAAUUCCAAUUGAAUUAUAAUUUACCUUGGAUUAAUUCAACUAUUCUUACAACUUCCAAAUUUGGUAUUCUUUAUCCAUUCACCAAUACCAGUUCCUUAUUGGAUCGCUUCUACAUUGGGGGUCCUAAUGACGUUAGAUCAUUUAUGAUGAAUGGAUUAGGUCCCAAGGAUUAUAAUGCCUCAAUUGGUGGGGAUAUGUUUCUUAAUGGUGGUGUUUCAUUAAUAUCAAAGAUCCCAAGAUUGGAUCCAGAAUCUAAUUUUAGGAUUCAUAAUUUUAUAAAUUGGGGUAGAUUGGUUAAGAUGCAACAAUAUCAAGGUAUGACUGAUAAUCUUAAACAAUUGUUUCAUUCACAUUCUGUGACUUAUGGUAUUGGAAUAUUGUUCAAUCAUCCAAUGGCAAGAUUUGAAUUGAAUGUUGUGGUUCCUUUAGUUGCACAUGAAACUGAUUCCGUAAGAAAGGGAAUUCAAUAUGGUAUUGGUGUUUCAUUUUUGUAA